AUGAUCCCUAAGCAGCCAAAAUUGAGAAUCAUAGUUUUGUCUGUGGCUAUAAUGUUGCUAACAAAUGUUCAUGAGAAUUUACUACAAAAUGAGAAAUACAAAUCAGCAGCUGUGGUGAGGGGAAACUACCAAUAUUAUCAUUACUGCUGUGAUGGCGUUGAUGAUAGGGGCUGGGGUUGUGGAUAUCGAACACUGCAGACAGUGUGUUCCUGGAUCCAACAUCAGAUUUCUGGACAAGACGUGCCCAAACUUCGAGAAAUUCAACAAGCCUUGGUUGCAAUGGGAGACAAACCCGAUUCCUUUGUGGGUUCAAAACAAUGGAUAGGAAGUCUGGAAGUGGCAAUGUGCUUGGAUUAUUUUUAUGAUGUGCCAGGAAAAAUCCUUCACAUUUCCAAUGGAGCAUCAAUUGGAGAUUAUCUUGAGCAGUUGGAAGAACAUUUUCAUACCAAUGGCUCACCAAUCAUGAUGGGUGGUGAUGAUGAUAAUUCAUCCAAAGGUAUUUUUGGAGUGAACAGAAGUUCUAUGUCUCUAUUGGUGUUGGAUCCUCAUUACAGUGGGAAAAACAACCAAGUGAACCAACUCCUUAAAGAAGGCUGGGUUCAAUGGAAACCUUUGACUUCUUUUCAUGGAAAAUCUUUUUAUAAUUUAUGUCUCCCUCAACUGCAGGCAAAAAAUAAAAGCCAAAAGGUCUGA